UUCGACCCCAAGAUCCUGCUCGAGCAGAAGCCCGGCCGGGUAGACCCGUGGACAAGAGCUGAGGCGUGGCGCUACAGCGGCCCCUUUACCCGCUGGAACCGCUUCAAGGGCUCAUUCCCCGGCCUCGGAAUCGCGACAGUGGCGUUCGCCGGCUACUGCGUGUAUGAACAGCUAUUCAUGAAGGAUGACCACCAUCAC